AUGGAAGCCGACGUACCCACCAUCAGCGUUGGCUCUUCGGAUAACCCGGGCCCUGCAGGCGUCAAGAGGAAACGGAGGCCUCGAGCCCCGAUGGCGUGUGGGACCUGUCGGGCUCGCAAAGUAAAGUGCGACGGCUGCUUACCUUGCUCUAACUGUGUCCGACAUGAGUUCUCAUGCUCGUACAAGGAGGGAGUAGGAGAUAUACCCAAGCAGAGGACUCCCUCCUUUGAUUCUCCGGGACGGAUUCAACAACGUUUACAACCGCAGCCCAUGACUAACUCACAGACUACCAUGCAUCAACCGCAGUCUAUACUGCCAGAGAAUCUACACCCUUCCCCCAUCAGCCUCGAUGAGCCUAUCAAGCAUGAGCAACAACAGCAGCAGCAACACCACGACCAACAACACCACCCAUCCCAGCCGAACGCGUCGGACCACAGGCAGCGCGACGACGACUCGUCCGUCUCGUCAGAGCAUGACGUUGACGGCCUCGGCCAGGUCAACGAACACACCGAGGGGGCUGAGUUCUACGGCCCGACGGGCACCUUCUACUUCCUGGCCCGCCUGCGUUCUCGGGCCAAUACGCAGAGGCAGCCCGAGGCCGGCGCCGCCGCGCACAGGAAGCAGAGCUCCAUCGUCAACCUCUUGCACAGCUCCGACUACUCGACGCCCCCGGACUCUCGGAUCAUCGGCCAGAGCCAACAGAGCAACCCAUAUGGCAAGGGGAGCCCUCAGUAUGGCGGCGGCGGCGGCGGCGCAGGCUCCGCGAGGCGCGGCUCCUACCAAUAUCAACAGCAGCAGCAGCAGCAGCAGCAGGGCGCCUUCAGCCCGGGGGCAGCGGUCCUGAGCCCGGCGGACGGGUUGUUGGCGACCGAGAUCGAGCGCGAAUGCGUCCGGCUCUAUUUCCAGAACCUGCACAACAUCCACCCGAUCCUCGAGCAGGCGUCGUUCCUCAAGCGGUGCGAGGAGGAUAUCUGGUCGUCGUCGUCGUCGUCGUCGUCGUCGUCGUCGUCGAGGCCGCCGGACGUUUCUCCCAUCUGUUCCCAGAUGCGCCGGGAGGGCCGGUUCCUCGCGCUGUACCACGUCGUCGUUGCCAUCGGGGCCAUCACGGCCGGGGAGACGUCGCUGCUGAUGGAGGACCACACCCGCGAGUUCCUCGACCGGACGGGGCAGAACGGCAAGGAAGAGGCGCUGUACCCCCCGAUCCGGCUGGCGAGGAGGUACUUUGAGAGGUCGAGGCUUCACCUGGAAGACAUUUGCGAGUCGAGCUCGCUGGAAACUGCGCAGACGCUGUUUCUCAUGUCGGUCUUUGGUCAGAACGCCCUGAAGCCACACAGCUGUUACAUGUACAGCGGCAUGGCCAUCAGGACGGCGUCUGCCAUGGGGAUCCCGACCAAGAACGGAUCCGAUACGAGCCCGGAGAGCUUGCUGUGGUGGUCACUUUAUUCCCACGAGAUUGAAAUGUGCUUCUCGGCAGGUCGCCAGUCAGGCCUGCGCGCGCCGAAUUCAUACUCGAUCCCAUUCCCCAAGACUUCACACUUCCCCAACUCGGCCUACUGCCUCAUCAACCCCAUGGUAGACCUGGCCAAGAUCCUCAUGUGGAUGACGGACAACCUCAGCCUGCACUGCAACCACAAGUCCCUGCAACGGCUCUCGCAGACGGCGCUCGACCUUGACCGCGAGCUGGACGACUGGAAGUCGGGCCUGCCGCGCCAGCUGCGCUUCGACCUGUCGUCCCUAGAGGACAGCGAGUUCGCCAUGAAGCAGAAGACGGUCCUCAAGCUACGCUUCUUGAACGCGCGGAUACUGCUUCACCGGCAGUUCAUCAUCUCCAAGGCGCUUGAGACUGACAGGAACACGGUAUCACGGCACGUCAAGUCCUGCGUCAACGCUGCCACGGACACCAUCCGGUUCAUGCAUACGAGCUAUCUCCACCGGCCGUACUUCAGGACGUGGUGGUACAACUGCAUGUAUCUUCUCGACGCUUGCAUGGUCCUCCUCCACGUGCUCAUCUCCAACAUCUGCCCCUUCCCCGCCCAGGAGGUCAUGGAGGACAUCGAGCUGAGCCUCGACAUCUUCAAGGCCAUGAAGAUGCUCGCCGUCGCCCGGCGGUGCGCCGACAUCGUGCGCGAGCUGCUCAGCGUCGCCGCCAAGAUGCAUCGCCCGGGACACUCGCGGCAGAAUAGCACGACGACGACGACAACGACAACGACAACGGCGGCGGCAGCUGAGACGGAGCCGGCGGUGAAGUUUCAGGACGGCAGCGGGGGCAUGCUUGCGCACGUAUCGCCUGGCUUCUUGUCAGAUGGGAUCGUGGGCACGCAGCAUCAGCAUCAGCAGCAACAUCAAAAUCAUCACCAUUUCUUUGCCGGGGAUGCCACCGAAUUUGGCGACGCCAUGAUCCCGGGGGACUUUGACGCCAACCUCGUCGACCCCAACGUCGUGUGGAACUUUUUGAACUUUGAGCACUGGAACGCGUGGUCCGAUGCGGCUUUCAGAUAG